GUCUCGCGUGAUUCGGACGCAGCGAUCGACUAUAGAUAGCAUCGUGAGCUAAUCGAUCGUUAGCUGGUGUCAAAUCUCGACGCCCGCCAAAAACAAACAUUUAGCACAAUUUACAGCCGCAGAUAAACAGUCCCUGAUAUGUUCAGCCGGGCUGACAAAGCAGUCCGAACUCCGGCCUCUUCAGAAGGGCCAGUCCGCUGUGUUUGCCCAGCUCGUUGGUAACCGCGCUGCUGCUAAGAAGCUAGAUUGCUAACGUCCGUUGGUUGGUCUCUGCACGGUAAAACCAGGAAGGAGGGACCGGACGACCAGCCAGGCAACCUGGCCUCAAAGGCUGCUCCACUUCUGCAAACAUUUACUCGUUAACAUCCAGGCUCGUCCGGUCUGCUGAAGACAGUAGAAAGGAAAAGAACAUUGACACUGGCCUGAGUGCAAAGAUGUCGAAGGCUCCGGAUUCUCAUGCUCAGUCCCGCUCUAGAUCACGGUCCAGGUCCAGAUCCAGAUCCUACUCCAGAUCUCACUCAAGAAGCCGCUCCCGCUCCAGAUCUAGAAAACGUCGCUACAGUUCUCGGUCUCGUUCCCGCUCUCACUCUCCAUCCUACAGAAACUAUCCCACCAGAGACUACCAGAACAACAGGGGGGGCUUCAGAGGCUACAACCGCGGCUACAGGAGGCCGUACCACUACCGCGGCAGGAACCGGGGUUAUUACCAACGUGGUCAUUACCAGAACAGAGGAGGAGGCGGUGGCUACAACUAUAAAGCCAAUUGGCAGGGUGGUGGAGGUGGAGGUGGAGGUGGAGGUGGAGGUGGAGGUGGAGGUUGGCACGAUCGCCACUAUGACCAGGACCACCACUCACACAGUCCAAGGAGGGGGCGCUCACGCUCCCGCACCCCCAGGAAGCGCUCGGGCAGCCGGAGCCGCUCUCGUUACUCUGAUCGCUCGUCAUCAGGCAGAUCCCGGCGCUCCAGGCGCUCCAGCUACUCCUCUCGAUCCCGGUCCUCAUCUCCACGCCAUCGUAGCAGCAAGGCCAAGCCCGUCUCCAAGGACAAAGACAAGGCGACAGAAAGUCAGGUGGAUAAGUCAGGUCAGGCAGCUGAAGGCAGCGCCAUCGAAAAGGCAUCCGGAGGGAAAUGGAUCGACUAUGACAGCAGCCCCAAACGAGGCAGCCCCAAGAAAGACGACGCUGCCUCCGGCCCUGAGAGCAAAGGGCCGGGAGGAGGCGGUCCUCUGUGGAAAACCAUCGGCAGCGCGUCAUCCCCUCCGACAAAGAGCCCCACAAAGUCUGGACAAACAGCCUGUUUCAGUGGCUUCGGCUUCUUCUCAAAGGAAGACGCCAAAGCUGGAGAUAAGAGUGUGAUCUCUGCUGCAUUCAAGAAGUUCUUGGCAGAGAAUAAAAACAAAAAGCAGGAGAAGGAGAACGGUCGAGAUAAGGAGCAGAGCGCUGCAGACAGAGAACCAGACAAAGGAAACAAGUCAGCAGACAUGUUCAACAUCUCGUCCUCCUCUUUCACGGACUCCAAGGAAGACAAGGCUCAUCCCUUCUUUGAUGCCGGAGAGGAGGAAUUCCUCAAGUCUCACGGGCUGAAAGAACGGGACAUCGAGGAGGACGGCGACAUCAAACCCACCUUGACAGCUCGGGACCUUUUCGGGAAAUGGGGGGACGAGCCGAACUAUUCGACGUCCUACCCGUCAGUGAAGGAGAAGAGCCGGAGAGAAGCUGAAGAGGCAGAGCCUGUAGAUCACAUGGAGGAGGAUUUGUACCGAAGCCGCAAGCACAGCUCAAAGAAAGAGGAGAAGUCCAAGAAGAAGGAGAAGAAAGAAAAGUCCAGGAGGAGUCCGACCCCUCCCACCACUUCCAGAGAGAAAGACCGCCCACUGUUUCCUGGAGCUUUCCCUCCUCGUGAAGAGUCGCCCGUACGACGACUGUCGGCUUCAAGGGAAGACUUUGAGCUCAAAAUUGGUUCUUUAGAUGAAAUUCCCAGUUCGUCUCUGACUAAAGAUCGACUCCUGCCCAGAGAUCUGCUGAAUACCUCGAAGAAAGAUCCAGAGUUUCGUUCCAUUUUCCAGCACAUUCAGUCUUCACAGCUUCGCCGCAGCCCGUCAGAGCUGUUCGCUCAGCACAUAGUCUCAAUCGUUCACUACAUCAAAGCUCAACACUUCCGCUCCUCUGACAUCACUUUAAGUGAGCGGUUUGCCAUGUACCAAAGAAAAGCUGCAGAGGUAGAAAUGAUGAAGCCAAGGAAGAGCCCAGAAAUCCACAGGAGAAUCGAUGUUUCCCCCAGUGCCUUUAAGAGGCACUCUCACCUGUUUGAGGAUGUGGACGAGACGAGCUACAAGGAUACAAGUAAAAAGUUCAAAGGUGACGUGAUGGACCUUCGGCUGGAUAUUGAAAGACGUAAGAGGUUUGCAGGGAAAGAGCGAGACUACAAGCGUGAAGGCGGCAGGAGCCCAGGAGGCUCCCGAGGGCCGAGCAGGGAGAGGUCCUCUGAGAAAUCUGGGAAACACCACAAGAAAUCCAAGAAGGGUAAGAAGAAGCGGGAUCGCUCCCCAUCCUCCUCUUCCUCCUCUUCCUCUCCAUCCCCCUAUCCACCGCCUUUCAGAGGUAAAGAGUACAUGGGGGAGGGGAUGGAGCACUCGGAGGAGGGCUACAGUCACUCUCGUUAUCCUCCACGGGACUGCAGUGGACCUGGAGACAGAGGCCCUCGAGAUUACGAGGGCCAUGGCCCGGAGCGAGGCCGAGGACGUGGAUUUUUCCCCAGAGUCAGAGGAAGAGGCUGGAACAGGGGAAAUUAUCCAGGCAACAACAGCAAUGGAAACCCUGCCAAUAUGAACCCUCCAGUGCGCCCCCCAGAGGAGGAGUGGGACCCUGAGUACACGCCCAAGAGCAGGAAGUAUUACCUGCACGACGAUCGUGACGGAGAGAAAACCUGGGUCGACAACCGUGGAAGAGGCCGCGGUUCGUUCCCGGCUCGUAGAGGACGCUUCGUUUACAGGAAGGGGGGCAGCAGCCCGAAGUGGACCCAUGACAUGUUCCAGGGGGGGGAGGAAGGGGAGCUGGGAGAUGACCACAUAGAAGUCGACCAUAAAGACGCCAAGAUGGCCGGAGAUUCCGCCGCUGGCUUGAAGCAGUAAACUGCUACAUCAUCCAUCAGCAUCACAUGAUGAUGAAGAGGUUCUUAAUUUUUCUCCAUUUCAUGUCAUUAACGGUUAAAGUGAAGAAAGAACUGCAAGUGACUCAGUUCCUUCUGUCUGUGACAAGUUUAAUUUCAGUGUUCUUUAUGUGUUGGAUUUGUUUUGCAGCUGAUGACUCACAUGUGGAGAGAGAGAUUACUGAGGCAUCAAAGUUCUCUGAAAACAAAAUAAAAGCGUUUGUGCCUUAGAAAAUAAAACUAUAGUAGUGUGUACUUGUGUAGCCUGUUUGAAGGUACAGCCCAGCUGGGAGAGGUAGAACUGUUCUUCUGUUUGUUUCUUUGUUUGGGGCUGUGAUUAAUCUUUGAUGUGACUGCAUGAAACGUUUGAUUCAUACCUCGCUCCAUGGGACCAAUCAGUUGUUGUCAAACGAUCAAACAUAACAGUUAUUAUCUGUUGAACCCCUGGACGCUUGAUAUUUGUCACUUAUAUUAUCCAAGCCUUUUCACUUCACCUGUCUGUCUCAUUAGGAAGUGAAGACAUUGUGUGUGCUACAGUAUAUUCUCAUUGAUUGUGGCUGUUUUCAGUUAAAAACAAUUGGCACCAGAAUCCCCUGAUUUGCUUUAGACAGAUAAACGGCUUUUCCUGCCUCUGAUCUCAGUGGAGAUAAGUGGUUUCCUUUGUUUAGAUUUUUAAUAAAAAAGACAUAAUACAUGUAUAGAAUUAUACAACCUAAAUUAUUGUAAUCUUAAUGUCAGGAGGAGGGAAAAUAGAAACUGAAUGUGGUUCUUUUUGGACCUGCAGCUUAACCCUGUCAUUGAACCUGAACAUGAAAAAUUUGUGACAAAACAAUUUGUCAAGAGGCAAAAGAUGUGUAUUUUUGAGGAGUUGACACAAACUAGUUUUGUGAAUCUCUCUGUGCUGCUUUGUCCCACAUUGACUGUACAUUCUGCAUGUACUAAACACAACUGUAGGACUUCAUUUUUUUUUUUUUGAUUAAUCAGAAGCUGAAAACUUUUUUACUGUUCAAGAGCUUUGAAUUACUUGUCUUUUAAUUUUCAAUAAAAUUUUCUUUGAUUCAG